AUGGAGCCUGGAGGGGCCUUGACCAUCUUUCUGGGCAUCUGCCUCUCCUGCCUGGCCCUCCUUUCUGCCUGGAAGCGGAUGCACAAGGAGGGGAAGCUGCCCCCGGGUCCCACCCCUCUGCCCUUCAUCGGCAACCUGCUCCAAAUGAAGACUGAUGAUGCCUUCAAGUCCUUCUUGACACUGAAGGACAAAUAUGGCCCCGUGUUCACGGUCCAUCUGGGACCCCGCCGAGUUGUGGUCCUUUGUGGGCAUGAAGCAGUGAAGGAAGCCUUGGUGGAUCAAGCUGAGGAAUUCAGUGGGAGAGGAGAGCUGGCCUCCCUUGACCGCAACUUCAACGGUUUUGGGGUCGCUUUGGCCAAUGGGGAACGAUGGAAGCAGCUGCGCCGCUUCUCCCUGACCACCCUGAGGAAUUUUGGGAUGGGGAAGCGGUCCAUUGAGGUGCGGAUCCAGGAGGAGGCUCAGUACCUGAUGGAGGAAUUCAGGAAAACCCAAGGUCUGCCCUUUGAACCCACUUUCUUCUUGAGCCGCACGGUCUCCAACGUCAUCAGCUCCGUCGUCUUUGGCAGCCGCUUUGACUACGAAGACAGGACCUUCCUCUCCUUGCUGCACAUGAUAAAUGAAAGCUUCAUUGAGAUGAGCACCCCAUGGGCACAGCUCUAUGACAUGUAUUCCUGCAUCAUGCAAUACCUGCCUGGGAGGCACAACCGUAUCUACCACCUCAUUGAGGAGCUGAAGGACUUCAUUGCUGAGAAAGUCAAAGUCAAUCAGGCAACGCUCGAUCCCAACAACCCACGAGAUUUCAUCGACUGCUUCCUUAUCCAGAUGGAGAAGGAAAAGGGGAACCCCUCCAGUGAAUUCAACAUGAAGAAUUUGGUCCUCACCACCCUCAAUUUGUUCUUUGCUGGAACAGAAACGGUCAGCUCUACCCUGAGAUACGGCUUCCUUUUCCUGUUGAAACACCCAGAAGUAGAAGAGAAAGUCCACCAGGAAAUCGAUCAUGUCAUUGGGCACCACCGUAUCCCUGGCAUUGAGGACAGGAUGAACAUGCCCUACACAGACGCCGUCAUCCAUGAGAUCCAGAGGCUGACGGACAUUGUCCCCUUGGGCGUGCCACACACGGUGACACGGGACACCCACUUCAGGGGGUACCUCCUCCCCAAGGGUACCAACGUCUUCCCCUUACUUGGCUCAGUCUUACGUGAUCCCAAAUACUUCAGCAACCCUGAGAAAUUCAACCCUGAGCACUUCCUAGAUGAGAACGGCCGCUUCAAGAAGAACGAUGCCUUUGUGCCCUUUUCCUCAGGGAAGCGCGUCUGCCUGGGGGAAGCCAUGGCCCGCAUGGAGCUCUUCCUCUACUUCACCACCGUCCUGCAGAACUUCCGCCUGAGAGCCCUGGUGCCUCCCGGAGAGAUCGACCUCUGCCCCCGGAUCAGUGGGUUCGGGAACAUCCCCCCCGCCUACCAGCUGUGCCUGGAGCCUCGCUGA